AUGAGUAUUCGCCGAGAUGCCGUCCAACGAGACUUCGGUCUUCGACCUGGUUCACGGGCUGUGCCUAGACCUCAGUUGUCCAUCGAACCCGUAGAAGAUGUUAUGACAUCACCCACCGAGAUGAACUCUCCUCCCGACUCGUCUGAUGAUACCCGAGAGCCGUAUGUGCAAGAGGAUACCCCUCUCACCUCAGUUAAGGACACUUGCGAUGACGAGCGCGAAUCAACUAUCUCUCCAACGAUCAAUACCAAGGGUCUGCUUCCAAUCCCGAAAAUUCGAUCGCCAGCAAGACAUGACAGCGACGACGAUUCGCAGAGUGGCAAGGAAAGCCCCGUAAGCUCGGAAACUCCUUCCCUCCCCGACCAUUUCCCGCCUUGCCCAAGAGAGCGACCUACACGCCAAGAGAUCGCACUCUGGCGUGAAGGAUGUAUGUCUGUUCAACGUGAGGAUGGGAGCGUUGAUGGCUUCGACGUCGUGGACUGGCUGAUGACAAGAAAGGGAGGAGUUCUCAACCCUUGGCCUACGCUAGACGAGGGGCGGAUGGUCGUCGAAAGUAUGGGACGGGAGAUUCUUGACCUCGAUGCGAUCCACCGCCAACAGGAGGAAGAAGCAGAAGUUGCCAGGCUCAAAGAAGAGCGUCGACAGAGAAACAAACGACGAUAUCGACCUCGCGGUCAGAUCGAGAAGGAAAGGGCCGAACGACGAGCUGCCCAAGAAGCCCAACAGGCCCAAGAUUUAGCUAAGAAGACAUCCAGUGCCUCUGAUUCGGAACAGGGGCAAGACAUGCCCGACACCGACGAGCCUCCAGCAAAAAAGGCUAGAGUUGACAGUGAAUCCUAG